CUAUCCCCUAAAACCCCAAAUCAGAGAGAGAAUCAGAGAAGGGAGAGGAAAAGCAGAGCUGUAGAGAGAGAGAGAGAGAGAGAGUCCAGUUGAGCUCUGUCUCGCCUCCUCUCUCACUAGAUCCAGUGUCCACUGCCUUGGCCCUCGGCCUCGCUGCUGCUGCGUGCGUGCCUUUGCCCAAAGGCGCCUGCCUUCGCUCGCAGCUGCACAGUGGCCACACUCCCCCCACGCUCUAUGCUCCCUCUGCCACCAUGUGGCGGUGGUGGUGGUCUUCGCGCUCCAACUAACCACCAGCACCCCACACCGCCGCAUCGCACCGCGAUGCCAUGCUCGGUGGCUUCUUCCGCGCGCGGCAUUGCAAUGCCGCCACCGACGGAGGCGUGACGGAGUAGCCAGCUAGCUUAGCCCGGCGGGCGAGGCCAAAGCGCGCGGAAGCCGGUUUCGCGGCAGUUUGUUCCGGUCGCUCGGAGCGAGCGCGGCGGCGCCGACAUGUUUAGGUCGCGGUGGCGCGGCGGCGGCGGCAAGGCCAAGGCCGUGUUCAAGCUGCAGUUCCACGCCACGCAGGUGCCGGAGCUGGGGUGGGAGGCGAUGAUGGUGGUGGUGACGCCGCAGGACGCAGGGCGGCCGACGGCGCGGUCGGAGCCCGCGGAGGUCACCGGCGGCGCGUGCCGGUGGGCGGCCCCCAUCUUGGAGGCUACCAAGCUCCCCGCCGGCAAGGACAAGAUCUACCAGUUCCUCGUCUACGAGACCGGAUCGAGCAAGGCGGCGCUGCUGGGGGAGGCGACGGUGAACCUGGCGGAGUACGCCGACGCGUUGAAGCCGUCGGCGGUGACGCUCCCGCUUAAGGGCAGCCCCGGCGCGCUGCUGCACGUGACCAUACAGCGGGUGGUGGGUGGCGCCGGUGGGUGUGGAGACGACGCGAGCAGUGAGAACGGCGACGCUUCGCCACCGGUGGUGAAGACUCCACAGAGAAGGACUACGCUGCAGAGCCAGCUGAGCCGGUUUGAGGACGAGGACAGAGAGAAGGCGAGAGCAGCCGCGGAUGCGAUGAGUCCUGUGCAAGAUGGAUUGUUGAUAAGGAAACCUCCAGGGAUGAGGUUUCCAUCAAGAAGAAACACGGCUAUGUCUGUUGACCCAGUUGGCCAUCUCCACAAUGGCAGCAGCUUCGAUGCUGUCUCGGUGUCUGGUUCAGAUGGAAGUUCUGGGAGGUAUACACCCAAAACCAGUACAAGCAUGCACAACACAUUUCUUCAGGAUAGUGGCAAUGUCAUCUCUCCAUUUGCCAACAACGGCACUCUGAGGAACCCACUGACCAGUUCUGGUGACUGGUCAGGAAGCUCAGCCCCUGAUGCUAGCACAGAUGGGUCAACGAGCAAUUCUGGUGAGGCAGGGUUAAGAGGGGAAGAGGAUGAUGUGGAGAAACUAAGAAGUGAGAUAGCCACUUUAACAAGGAAAUUGGAUGUCUCAGAUAUGGAGUUGCAGACACUCAGAAAGCAAAUUGUGAAGGAGAGUCGGCGUGGGCAAGAUCUCUCCAAGGAGAUGAGUAGCCUGAGGGAGGAGAGGGAUGCACUCAGAAGAGAAUGUGAAGGACUCAGGGGGGCAAAGAAGAUGAUCCAUGAUUCGAAUGGCUCAGGUAAACGGCUCUCAGACGGGGAAGACCCAUGGUCACAGAUUGAAGAGCUGAAGCAAGAGCUGAGUCAUGAGAAGAAUCUAAAUGCAGAUCUUCGUGUACAACUGCAAAAGAUGCAGGAAUCCAACUCCGAGCUGCUUCUGGCUGUGAAAGAUCUUGAUGAACUGGUGGAGCAAAAGAACAGAGAGAUUUCCAUUUUGCGAGAGGAUACACAUGAGGAUCCACAGGAGGUAGAAUAUGAGCAUGCUCUGUCAAUUGUGCACAAUUCUGGACACAAAAUGGCCUUAUCUGAAACAAGUUCAGAACAAGAGAAGGAAGAUGAGCUUAUGCUGGAUGCACUUGCAAAGAAGCGUGAUGACAUUUCUACCUCUGAGCUUGAAAAGAAAAUUAUGGAGUUGAGCAAUGAAAUUGAGUUGUACAAGAAAGAUCGUGAGGAUCUCGAGAUGCAAAUGGAGCAACUUGCACUGGAUUAUGAGAUUCUGAAGCAAGAGAACCAUGACAUAUCCUCGAGGCUGGAGCAAACACAACUGAGGGAGCAAUUAAGGAUGCAAUACGAGUGUUCAGCUCAUUUGUCUAUAAUAAGUGAUCUUGAAGCCAACGUUGAGAGCUUGGAUAAUGAACUCCAAACACAGGCUAAAAAGUUUGAGGCUGACAUAGCAGAAAUAAUGAGUGCAAAGGUGGAACAAGAGCAACGGGCCAUUAAGGCUGAGGAGUCUCUAAGGAAGAUAAGAUGGAACAAUGCAACUACUGCAGAACGACUACAGGAGGAAUUCAAGGUGUUGUCUUCGCAGGUAUCUUCAGCUUUCAGUGCAAAUGAACGGCAUCUUGUGCAAGCAAGAAAAGAGGUUGCAGAGCUGCAGUUACAGAAGAGCCAGUUAGAAGAGUUACUUCAAAAGGCCCAAGGAGAUCUUGGAUCAUUUCAGGAUCAGCACCGGGUUAAGGUUCAACAGUUAAUAACACUGGUGGAUUUCAAGUCAAAGGAGAUUGACAGGCUACUGAUGGAGCUCAAAAGCAAGAGCGACGAGUUCCAGAACCAAAAAAGAUGUGAUGAGGCAAAGUUGAGUGCUCUGUCAGAAGAAGUCGACCUACUUAAUGCCAAGAUCGACAAGCUAUCCAGUGAGAGAGAUGAACUCUUUGAAAAGAAUGAGCAGAAAGAUAAGGAAUUAGCUGGAAUUAGUGAAAAGGAUGUGCAACUGCAAGUAAAAGCUGCUGAGAUUAAUUCGCUAAAUGAAGAGCUUGCAAAGCUGAAGGACCAAGUGAAGAUGCAUUUGGAGGAACUGCACAAUUUAAAAUGCUUGAAGAAUGAGAAGGAAGAAACAAUUGGAAAGCUGCAAAUAGAUAUCGGGUCAUUGAAGCUCCAGUGUGAGAACUUGAAAACUUUGCUGUCCAAGAAAGAGUCUGAGAAAGACAACCUUGCUUCUCAGGUGCUGAAGCUAAGAAGAUCCCUUGAAACCAGGGAAGGUGCAAAGACAAACGGCGUAAAUGCAGAUGUGAAGGACAAUCAACACCCUAAUCAUAAGCGCAUCAAGCACAAUACCGGCUCCACUGGGAGCACUACUGCGCUGCCAGGCGCCAACAGACAGAGCGCAGAAGGUGACUGCAACGGCAACGGGCAAGACAUGAGGAACACCGCGGAGCAGUCAUCAAAAGAGUUGGCCUCUCUGAAAGAGAGGAACAAAGCCAUGGAGGAGGAGCUGAAGGACCUGCACGAGCGCUACUCCGAGAUCAGCCUGCGGUUCGCGGAGGUGGAGGGCGAGCGGCAGCAGCUCGUGAUGACGGUGCGGUCGCUGAAGAACUCCCUGCGGUGACAGCUGGCUCCACCGCUCCACCGAGCUCACUCACAUUGUAGCUACAAAGAUUUAGACGGUACCCCGAGGACGUUGUACAGGCGGGCGACUGGAAGACGGAGAGUCCAGAGCUUCGCGGAGGUCAUGCCGGCAGGCACACCCCGGGUAGCAGGGGGUGCCCGUGGUGUGGUCGGUCAGAGUCACAGUACACAGCAUGUAGAUCUCGUCACAAUAAUAUUCUUUUUUCUUGUUUUCUUCGUCUCCCAUUGGUGUGCGUGCAGUAAUAUAAGUUGCAAUAGUUGUGUUACCUUCUCUAGAGUGUGUUGUGCUGUAUAAUUCUCACGGUGUCUGAUGAAUGUUGUGAAGAAAAGGAAAAUGAGAAGAAAAGAGUGGUGUGACAGUUUGAUCUCA